AAAAUUUUUGAAUUGUACCCAGUUUAUUUUUGCGUGUUGUGUAUCAGUCACUUAAUUGGUUUUAUCCAACAACCUGCCACGUUUUACAAUCACGAGUUAAUACAAUUUCUUAUCAGAUACAGAAAAGGGACAAACAUAUAUAUAUAUUAUAUAUAAAGUUUGCUAUUUCCAUGCAAACGACAGCAGUAGUAGUUUACAGAAACUGUGGUAAACCUGAAAAGAAAAACAAAAGCGGAGAGAGUUACUAGUUUUGUGUAAAAAUAGCUAUCCUUGCCAAGUUUUCACAUAACUUGACAUCACAUCAGAAGGCCGUGUUCCUCUCUCGGUUUUUUCUCUAGUUGUACAACCAACUAAAAGUUUAUUCGGUUGAACUGACCCUUCACAAUAACUCUUGUUUGAUAUUAUUCAAGUUUCCCCACCAGAGAAAACGGCAAAACCAUUGAUUCGUCUUCUAACAUUCAGCUUAAUUCUAUGGGGCUUUGAGUUAAGAGCGGUGCUAACUGAAAACCAUUAACCAUGGAUAUGUGGUAAAUGGAAAAUAAUACUUGUCUUUGUAACUCUAGAAGGAAACUCUACAGGAUACAGAAUUCAUUCACUUUUCAGAUGAAGAUGUGGGCUGCGGGUUUUACUGUUCUCUGUGUUAUGGUUGUUUGGCUUUCUACAGCUUACCGCUGGGAUCACCCUGAAAGCAAGGUUACUUAUGGCAUCAUGUUUGAUGCCGGAAGCACUGGCUCUAGGAUUCAUGUAUUCAGUUUUAGCAGUGAUAAUUCAGGAAAAAAGAUGAAAUUGAUACAAGAUAUAUUUAAUGAAAUUAAACCCGGAUUAUCAGCUUAUGCUAGUGACCCAAAGCAGGCAGCGGAUUCUUUACUACCCUUACUUAAUUUAGCCAAAUCAGAGGUUCCAGAGGUCUUUCAGUCAUCCUGUGCAGUUGCCCUGAAAGCCACAGCAGGUUUGCGCUUACUCGGUGAACAACCUGCCAAGAAUAUUCUUCUUGAGGUAGAGAAGCUGUUUAAGACGUUUCCUUUCAAAAUGCUUAAAAACAAUACCGAAAUAAUGAGCGGCACCAAAGAAGGAAUUUACAGCUGGCUGACGGUCAACUAUCUCCUUGAUUUACUCGAUACACCUGAGAAAACCGCUGUAGCUUUGGAUCUUGGUGGAGGCUCAACCCAGAUCACAUUUGUACCAUCAAAGCCUGAAACAUUGCAACAGGUUGGGGACGACUUCAAGGAAUCUGUAACUUUAUUUGGACAAAGAUACAAUUUAUACACUCAUAGUUACCUUGGACUUGGUUUGAUGGCCACCAGGUUUGAAGUUUCGGACAAAACUGAGACUGCUCCUCUUCAACUGAAAUCAGUAUGUAUACAAGAGAAUACUCAAACCAGCUGGUCCUAUUCAGGGAAAACUUAUCAAGUUAGUUCUGCUGGUAACAGUAAUUUUGACAACUGCUAUGCUGCUACAAGUAAGUAUGUCAAGGAAAAUAUGAAACCUGUUCUAGAACUGACCAACCACGACAUUAGGGCAUUCUCUUACUUCUACGAUCGAGCUGUUGACAUGAACCUCAUUGGUCCAGAAGGUGGAAAAGUAGCUGUUAAUAGUUUCCAGCAAGCAGCUGUCCAGGCCUGCAAUCAGAAAAAUUCUGAAAAGCCAUUUUUAUGCUUGGAUUUGUGUUAUAUAUACUCUGUAUUGAAAGAUGGCUAUACCUUGGAAGCUAAUAAAAUUAUUGAAUUAACCAAAAAGAUAAACAGAGUGGAGGUCAGCUGGGCUCUUGGUGCUGUUUUUGAUCUCAUCUCUAAAGCUAAAAAAGUUGUUUAGAGAAGGUGGCCCAGAAAGAGUAUGAGAUAGCAUUACAAAGGUGCUGAACUGGUGGCGAGGAAGGAGCAGAAUGGCUGUUGCUCUCCUUUUCAGCUUGUUUUUGGGGACUGAAUCUGUGAUUAGACAGAAAGUUCAAAUUUUGAGGAAAUUGUUGUUUUUUUUGGGUUUAUUUUUUAAAAUAUUAUCUAAAGAAAAAAUAUUCUUAUAAUUGUUGCUAUUAUUAAGUUAUUAAGGGAGCUGAAGGUAGGAAGCUGGCAAAAUGCUUUGCAGUAUUUAUGUUCUGAGUUCAAAUUUCAGCAAGGCCAACUUUGCUUUUCAUUGUUUCUGGGUUGAUAAAAUAAGGGCCAGUUGAGCCCUGGGGUUGAUGUAAUUAGCUUACCUACUCCCCUGAAAUUGCUGGCCUUGUGCCAAAAUUUGAAAUCAUUAUGAAGUGAGCUGGAAAAAUUGUUAAAGUUUUGUAAAGCACACAUUUUGGUAUCAGUGGUGGUUCUUUACUUUCUGAGGGUAAAUCCUGCUUUACUUUUCAUAGCCCUGGGCUUCAUAAACUAAAAUACCAGUUAUGGACUGAGAUUGACAUGAUCAACUAGCUCCCUUUACCCCAAAAUAUUUCUUUACUACCCACAAGGGGACAAACAAGGACAGACAAAGGGAUUAAGUCGAUUACAUUGACCCCAGUGCAAAACUGGUACUUUAUUUAUCGACCACGAAAGGAUGAAAGGCAAAGUCGACCUUGGCGGCUGACCUAGUGCCCAAUUUAGAAACAGUUAUUAUUAUUAUUUGUUAACUGCUUUUUAUCUUUCUUACCCCAGUCAAUAAAAAUAGAAUGAGUUAUGAACUAAGGCUUGUAUAAUUGUCCAAAUCCCUCAACUGACAUUUUGGAAUUUGUGGCUUUCAAAUCAUGCAAAAUCAAUGUUGCUUUAUAUCCUGUGGGGUCAGUAAUAAAAU